CGUAUUUUUCCUACCACUAUUCCCAGACAGAUUAGCCUCCCGACACAUCUUAAACAUGAAAUCCUUUGCCCUCCUUGUUACUCUAUUACCUAUGGCUUUUGCCAGAUGCAACGACCCGAAAGAAAACACAGACUUGGGACGCUGCAUAGGAUGGUGUUCUGACACCAACUCAAGCCAGCCAUCCAGCGUUGUCAAUGAAUGCAUACGAACUAAUUGCAACUCCUGUGUACCCUAAACGUUGUUAAGUCUGUUAGAUACGUAGAAGGUACUGCAUACAGCCGGAAUUGUUCUAGUAGCAAAGCCGUACUCUACCUGUAGUGUGUGGCUACGAAUGUAUCAUUGUAAGCAGAAGAAAUCGAUACAAUUUGUAGAGCUAGAAACUUGGGGAGCCUAGAACACAGAAAAAGUAACUAGAUCCUACCUACAAGAAAUGCGUCAAGCCC